CUCUCUUUCUCUUUCUCUCCCCAUCAGACUGUGUUCAGACAGUUUGACCUGGAUAAGUCAGGCACCAUGAACUCUUAUGAGAUGCGCAUGGCCCUGGAGUCUGCAGGCUUCAAGCUGACCAAUCACCUGUUCCAGCUGAUCAUCCUGCGCUACACUGAAGAGGACCUCACCGUCGACUUUGACAACUUUGUCACCUGUUUGAUCCGCCUGGAGACCAUGUUCAAAACGUUCAAGACGAUGGACACAGAUGCGGACGGGGUCAUCUCCCUCAACUUCUUCCAGUGGAUUUCCCUCACUAUGUUCGCCUAGAGCGACUGUGUGUUGGCGGAGGAUUC